AACCCACUGGUAUUUCUCAAUCCACAACGUGUGUGUUAUAAUUUGGAGCUAGGAUUGAGACAGAAUGGGGGGAAAGGAAAAGCUUCUGUUUGGAACAGCCUUGUCGGUUGUCCUGCCGGAAAAUGCUAAGGAUGUAAGUGGUAUACGAGAUAUCCCUGACAAUCAGGAAGUGUUUUGUCACCCAGUAACAGACCAGAGUUUUAUUAUAGAGCUUCUGGAGUUUGUGGAUGGGACAGACGAGGAAGCCAUCAAGACUCACUUCGAAGACUUAGCCUCGUGUAAUGAAGCCUCGGCUUCUGCACAGAUCAUCAGGGUAGAAGAAAUUCCAGUCCAGCAAACAUCAAUGGGAGAAUGUACAAGUGUAUGGCAGUUAUCAGGAAGACAGAAUGUAGCCAAAUUCCAUGAUACUGCUGAGAACAUUGUCAAUGUUCACAUGGGGGUGAUUCGCCUGACUGAGUACCGCACAGACAUCGUUAUCACCUUUAACGACCCUGUGCUGAUCAGUCCUGAGAGCAGUAGCUAUGCACCAAUACCAACCUCAGCAGGCCCCUGGCAGGUGGAAGACUUCCAUAAAGCUGUCACCUCAUUACAAUUGCUGGAUCCAGGAAUAUUCAGUGAUUGACCGGAGCUGUCUCCCCUUCACAUGUAUUGUGACAUUGCAGAUGUCAGUGCAGAUUGAUCCGAUGGAUAGAGAAUCUGUUUUUUAUUCAAUAAACAGAGUGUGUCCUGUCCCAAGUUGGCCACACGUGACAGUCACGAACAUUUUUGUUCUUAAGACAAGAUACGGUUGUGAAGUGACAAAAAGGCAAGUCCUCAAAUUGUCUCCUGGCUACAGAGCCAUAAAAGGGACAUUGGGGUUGUUGUUUUUUGUUAUCUAUGUGCUUUUUAUUUCUUUCAUUUUUGCAGUUGAAUUUUUUUUUUAAGCAGGCCUAAAAACUCCCAGAAAAAUAGAUUGGGUUGGAUUUUUUUCUUUUUUUUUCUCAAGCAGAGGGAAAAAAAGGAAAAACUCUCAGAAAAAGAUCACGGCCCCGAGAUAAAAAGCCAAUCAGAUUACGUUUUGCUUUGCUCUUUUCUUGAAACACUCAUGUAUGUGACAUUAUCAUUGGAUAAUUAUCUGGAGGCUCGAGAUAACUAAGUUUGGCCCCGAGAUGAAAAACCAAUCAGAUUACGUUUUGCUUUGCGCUUUUCUUGAAACACUCAUGUAUGUGACAUUAUCAUUGGAUAAUUAUCUGGAGGCUCGAGAUAACUAAGUUUGGCCCCGAGAGAAAAAGGCAAUCAUUUGGCCAAAGUUUUCUCGAUUUAGACAAAACCACGAACCAAGUUAAUUGACCUUGGGACUCUUUUUUGUUUUUGGGCUUACAAAAAAGAUAGAAAAGGUAUGACUGCAGAAGUGGAAAAAAUAAAGAAAA